CUUUAACAGUCCUGCCAUUAAAACGCCACACUCCUUGGAUCGGCAAACUGCAACUCCCAGCAUUCACCGCGGGCGGUUUGGGCAGCGGUGCUCGGCUCGUUUCGGACGCGGAGCUGCAGCAUUUACGCCCCGGCAGUGCGUCGAGGUUUGGGCAGCCGUCGAGCCGCUGGAUGGGCGUUUUCGAGCACCGGUGGGACACGGCGUGGCGUUUGCUUUCGGUGUUGUGUGUCAGACGGGGGCUGCCAGCAUGGGCAACGGCAUCAACAAGGUCCUGCCUGACUUGUACUUGGGGAAUUUCAAAGACGCGAGAGACCGAGAACAGCUAGGCAGAAACAACAUCACGCACAUCCUGUCCAUUCACGACAGCGCGGCUCCCAUCCUCCAGGAGAUGACCUAUCUCUGCAUUUCAGCAGCUGACCUGCCCACACAAAACCUGACUCAGCACUUUAAAGAAAGUAUAAUGUUCAUGCACGAGUCCCGCCUGAAAGGAGAAGGCUGCCUCGUUCACUGUUUGGCAGGCGUGUCCCGCAGUGUCACCCUGGUGGUAGCCUACAUCAUGACGGUGACGAGGCUCGGCUGGCAGGAGGCGCUGGCCGCAGUGAAGGUGGUCCGGCCCUGUGCCGGGCCCAACCUGGGCUUCCAGCGCCAGCUCCAGGAGUUUGAGGCCACUCAAGCGGAUCAGUUCAGAGAAUGGCUGCAGAUGGAAUAUAAAGACAACCCCUUCAAUGAUGAGGCUGAUAUACGCGACUUGCUUGUUGGAACGUGCAAAGUCAAUAGUGAGGAGGUGGAAAAACAGGGAUCUACCCCACCAGGAGGCAUCUGAUCAGAUCAUUCGAGGCCUGGACGAUCACACCACUGUGUGAUGCUAGAGUAUUCUGGACCUGUCUGAAAGUCUAGUAUGCUUUGGAGCGGAGUCAGGAUGAGGUAUCCUCCAAAUAUCAGGACGUGAACACUUGAAGAGACCAUUAAUACGUGCAGCACAUAUGACCCUUUUUUUAAUCAUCGAUUGAUAGUUCU